AUGGAGCAGAUCCUCCAUGCGGGACGGGAGCAGUACAGCCUCCUCAGUAACAUGCUGCGGAGGCCUGAGCUCUUCGUGCCGAUGAUGGGGAUCUGGGUCGCCUCAUUCGGCGGUGCUCUCCAUGGACCAGUCACCACCUAUUUCCAGGUGGAGCUGGGCGCGAGCACUGAGCAGAUCGGGAACUUCGGGGUGAUCCGGACCAUCGGAGUCUUAUUGGUCUCGCCGCUCUAUGGCUGGCUUCUGGAUCGCCACUCUGCGUAUACUCCGGCAGUGCUCAGUGCCUUUUGCUGUACCUUUGGCUGCCUUUUUCACGGCUUCGCGCAGGACGUGCAGCACUUGUACCUGGCCAGUGUGGUGUUGGCGUUGGGUGCCGUGAAUUUUUGGAACGUGGUGGGCGCCUACGUGGCGUUGGCCACCCCGCGGGAGCAACGGCAUGUGGUCGUCACCGGCUUCCAGGUGCAAGUCUCUGUGCUGCGAUUGCUGGGCACCUCGUUGUAUCCCUUCGUGGAUUCGAUGCUGCUGGCGCUGGGCGUGACGCAGAAGCUCCUGAGAUAUCGGAUCCAUAUGAGUGAGUGUAGCCUCUUCUGUGUUGUUGCCUUUGUCUACCUCGUGGGCCGCUUCCAACCAGCCACCUGGGGGGAGGAGGUGAAGACGGAGGCCAAGGCAUCGGAGGAGAAGCUCCAAACCUCUCAACUGGCGUUGCUGCUCACGACCAGCGUGGUGCAAUCCUUUGGGGAGACGGUGGUCACGGUGCUGUGGCCGUUGCACCUGCGGAAGCUGCACUUGGGAUCGCAUGACCUCGCUUGGUUGCAGCUCUCAUCGCAGCUCUUAAUCAUCCUUAGCACCUUGGGGUAUCCCCCGCUCACGAGGCUGCUAGGCCAUCGCUUCAGCGCUUCAGCACUGCCGUUGCUGGCGUCGCUGUGCUCGGCGCUGGCGUUUCUGCAGCCGGAGCCCACGUGGUAUGGGCAGGCGGUGCACGUGGUUAACGUGCUGAGUUUCCUCGCGUUGUGCGGGACAAUGAAGGUUUGCUACCAGCACCUGGCCACGCUCGCCGUCCCUGCGGCGCACCAGGGCCGCAUCUUUUCCUUGCUGAAUGUGCUCUCUUCCCUGGGCAACAUCUUCGGCAACCUGGUGGCGACACGCCUCGCUGAGCAUGACGGCGGGGUGCUCUACAGCAAAGGUUCUGUGCCAUGGGCUGCGCAGUGGUCGGGUUUCUAUGUGUGCCACACGUGGGAAGCGAAGAGCAUGGGAAGCGAGUGGCAGUCGAGCCUGGUGCCCAUCAGCAGUGAAAAGAAGCGCCGGGCGCAGAUGGGUGCCGAGGGGCAACGAUGGGCAAUUCUGCAAACUUUAGCGGAGUCGCCCGGAGGGUGCAUGCAGAAUCUGGGCAUGCCAGGUGGUGUGGUGCCGCCUCCACCCUUGGCCACCGCCCCGGCCACGUUGCGGGUGGCGCCCACCAUGGCGUUGCCCCAGUUUACCGCGCCGGCCCGGCGACUUGGGGACGUGGGGGACGGGCGCUGCUUCGCACUGCAUCGCACUGCUGCUGCCCCGGCGUGGACUGGUGUCAUCACCGUGGCCCGGGAGACCUGGCGGGAUCAGGCCCGGAACAUGGCGAAGAAGACGCCCUUCCGGGCCGCUCUCAUCCAGGGGAAGGUCUCCGACGUGGAGGUUUUGCUCUUCCUGAUUUUUGAAUCUCCUUGCCGGGUCUCCUUGAACGAAACCGUUCGACACACCGCAGCUUGCAAUUGCGACCGCACCGCACCCGCCAUGGGUGCCCUCCUCUUCCGCGCGGCUUCGGAAGCCGCGGCGCCGGUGGAACGCGCGGUGGAACGCACGGAGCCAGCGCCGCGGUGGCUGCGGGCGGCCUCGGCCGCUGUGGUCCCGCCGGUGGCGACGUCGCUGGGCCGAGUGCUGCGGCCACAGAGCAGCUUGGUCUUCGCGCGGUGCAGCUUCACGGCGCCGAGCUGUCCCGAUGGACCCGCCGUGGUAGUCGAACGGGCGCUGGUGGAUACGGGUUCCUCCGACUGCGAGCUUCGUGAGGGGCUGCUCAAGAGGUUGCCGCCGCUGCCAGUGGUUGCGCGGGGGGUCACCUACGAAACCUCCACCGGCGACGAGGCGUACGACGCUUACGAGGUGGUACUCACCGUGAACGGCCGCCGCUGCGCGGCCGUGCUCACCGUGGUGCCCGAGGAACGCUUCUCGGCACAUGCGGACGAGCCUUGUUCGGACGAGGCCUUGCUGGGGCAUAUGGCCAUUGCAGCGCUGGGUUUGGAUGUGCACUGCCGGCAGCGCAGCAUGCUCCAGGCUGAGGAGAUGCCCUCCGAAGCACGGCCGCUGCCUGAAGGCGAACUGGGCCAGCUUCAUGUCGCCAGCAGCCGGCCCUAUGGCCUUUUUGGCACCGCCCUUGCUGAGAAGAGUGGUGUGCACGUGACGGCUGUACCGGUGGGGCAGCUUUGGACGACCUACCGCCACGCGGUUCCGCGCGGAGGCGAACCCCGCCUGCCGCCGCGCUGGUUGCCGGGCACCGGCUGCGCGGUGCCGCUGUGCCUGGGCGACCUGCAGCGGGAGCCGCAGGCGGCGCUGGAGGAGCUGGACCCCCAUGGAAAGCCGGUGGUGCCGGUGACCUAUGCCACUUGUCAUUUCCUGUCUCCGUUGUCGCCGGACUUGCGGGUGUCGGUGAAGAUGGCGCUGGUGGACACCGGCUCCUCCGAUUGCGAACUGAGACAAGGCCUGCUGGAUCGCCUGGGCCGUUUGCCCACGGUGGCACAGGGAGUGGUCUACGAAACGGUCUGUGGUCGCCAUGUCUUCGACUCCUACGAGGUGCUGCUGGCCAUCGAGGGCCGCGUGUGCGCCUGCGCGGUCACCGGCGUGCCGGAGGAGCGCUUCCACGUUGGUGCCGAGGACCCGGCCUCGGACGAGGCCGUUUUAGGCCUGGCUGCCUUGUCCGCCUUGGACUUGGUGGUCCAUUGCCGCGCGCGCGCGGUGGCCGCCCGACGUCGCGAAGCCCCGUGA